CCAUGUCCCUAGCAUCACUUGCCCAGGGUGGGGCACAGAGCAGGUGUUCAGUGAAGGAUCUGUUGAGUUACUGCUGAGACACUUAACCCUUGAGGCAGGUGGGAUUAAGAGGAAGAGGUGGAGUCCAGAAUCUAGUACUUGGAGUGAGUCUCGGGCCCCAGGCUCAUCUGGCCCAAAGCACAGCACUUCCUCGAAUGGCUGAGCACACAAGGUGCCUGAGCCCAUGCAUGGCCCUGUGACAGAAGGAGAGGACAUGACCUUUGCCCUCGGCAGCUGAGAGAGGAGCCGCUGCCCAGCUGCUCCCUCCUCCGACAAUGGCUAGGGCUGGGCCAUGUGUGAGGCCUGCCUGACCCCCUGGGAGUUACAGUGGGUGUGGGUGUUCUUUGAAGAGGGCAGGAUCAGAGGCUGCAUGAACCCUUACGACAAGUGGACAAGAUGAGAGUCGUGGAGCCCCGGAGGGGAAGCUCGGGCUGGACAGGGCCGUCGAUGGCCCAGAAAUCAGGAAAAGCAGGGAUCACGGAGCUGUGUUUGCAGAGAGCCGCUUGGACCCAGUGCAGCGCUGAGUGCACUCCACACCCUGUCCCACGAGGUGGGUGGAAUUGUUGCCUCAUUUCACAGAUGGAGGCACCGUGAGACGCAGAUGGUGAAGUCCAGCUCACCUGGCUCGUCCCAGGUAAGCCUGGAUGUCCCCCCAGGAGCCUGCCUCCUUCAGCCCUGUGCUGCGCCGGCCCGCCUGGAGCACUGGGCAGAGAGCUUGCCCGCCCGUGCGCUUGACUCUCCACGGCAGGCUGGGAGCCCAGAAUGUGACCGUGGACGAGGUCAUUGGCGCCUACAAGCAGGCCUGCCAGAAGCUGAACUGCAGACAGAUCCCCAAGCUCCUCAGGCAGCUCCAGGAGUUCACAGACCUCAGGCACCGCAUUGACUGUCUGGACCUGAAAGGUGAGAAGCUUGACUACAAGACCUGCGAGGCCCUCGAAGAGGUCUUCAAGAGGCUGCAGUUCAAGGUUGUGGAUCUGGAGCAGACAAACCUGGAUGAAGAUGGUGCCUCUGCCCUCUUCGACAUGAUCGAGUACUACGAGUCGGCCACCCAUCUCAACAUCUCCUUCAACAAGCACAUCGGCACCCGGGGCUGGCAGGCCGCUGCCCACAUGAUGCGCAAGACGAGCUGCCUCCAGUACCUGGAUGCCCGCAACACACCCCUGCUGGACCACUCAGCACCCUUUGUGGCCCGUGCCCUGCGCAUCCGCAGCAGCCUGGCCGUGUUGCACUUGGAGAAUGCCAGCCUAUCUGGGCGGCCCCUCAUGCUGCUCGCCACAGCCCUGAAGAUGAACAUGACUCUGCGGGAACUGUACUUGGCUGACAACAAGCUCAAUGGCCUGCAGGACUCAGCCCAGCUGGGCAACCUGCUCAAGUUCAACUGCUCCCUGCAGAUCCUGGACCUCCGUAACAACCACGUGCUGGACUCAGGUCUGGCCUACAUCUGUGAGGGCCUCAAGGAGCAGAGGAAGGGGUUGGCGACCCUGGUGCUGUGGAACAACCAGCUCACGCACACGGGCAUGGCCUUCCUGGGCAUGACGCUGCCGCACACUCACAGCCUGGAGACGCUGAACCUGGGUCACAACCCCAUCGGGAACGAGGGCGUGCGGAACCUCAAGAACGGCCUCAUUGGCAACCGCAGCGUGCUGCGCCUUGGCCUGGCCUCCACCAAGCUCACCUGCGAGGGCGCGGUGGCGGUGGCGGAGUUCAUCGCCGAGAGCCCCCGCCUCCUGAGACUGGACCUUCGGGAGAACGAGAUCAAGACGGGCGGGCUCAUGGCACUGUCGUUGGCCCUCAAGGUGAACCAUUCCCUACUGCGCCUGGACCUUGACCGCGAGCCCAAGAAGGAGGCGGUGAAGAGCUUCAUCGAGACGCAGAAGGCGCUGCUCGCGGAGAUCCAGAAUGGCUGCAAGCGCAACUUUGUGCUGGCGCGGGAGCGGGAGGAGAAGGAGCAGCGCCUGCAGCUGUCGGCCUCCAUGCCCGAGAUCACCGUCACUGAGCCCCAGCCUGACGAUGAGCCUGGGGAGGAGCCUGCCGCAGAGGCGCAGGAGAACGGGGCCCCUGGCCCGAGCCCUGGGCCGGACUCAGACUCAGACUCAGACUCCGACGGGGAGGACCGGGAGGAGGAGGAUGGGGAGAGGGCUGAGGCCCCCUGCCCCGCCCUGGUGCCCCCCACGGACUCCCUGGGUCCUGGGGACAGGAGCCCCCCAGGCUGCCCCUCCUCCCCGACUGAGCAGCGCAUUUCUGUGUCCAGCCCGGGCCGGGGCCACAAAGUGUUUGUGGUGACCCGGGUGGAGAGUCCACCUGAGAGAGCAGAGCCUCCUGUGCCACCGGCCCCUCCUUCCCCCACUGCCCCUCCUUGUCCUCCAUCCCCACCUGCCUUACCCUCCCCUCCCGCCUCACCUGCACUACCACCAGCUGAGGCUGUCAGCCCUCAGGACCUAGGGUCAUCUGAGCCUCAGCCACAGCCAGAGCCGCCUCAGUCAGGGCCACCGCUGCCCAACGGCCUGAAGCCUGAGUUUGCCCUCGCACUGCCCCCAGAGCCGCCCCCGGGGCCCGAGGCCAAGGCGGGCGGCUGUGGCCUGGAACACGAGCUGAGCUGCUCCAAGAAUGAGAAGGAGCUCGAGGAGCUGCUGCUGGAAGCCAGUCAGGAAUCUGGGCAGGAGACACUGUGACACUUUAGUUCCUUUUUUCCGGUCGGUCUUCAACGAACUGAGGCCAGAGCCAUGAGAAUCUGCUCACCCUCACCCCCAGCCUUACUGAGGCCUGGGACGCCAGGGGUUGGGGGGCCUUCCUGGGGACCCCCACCCCCCACAGCAACACUACAUAGGGUGCAGGAGCUACAGGGAGCGGCCCUCCCCAUCCUGACUUAAGCACUUCUGUUUAUGUGUUCAACACUCGAAGACUGGGCUGGGGGUGGAUGGGAGGAGGACGGGGAGGAGGAGGCUGGCACGGUCUCCGAGGACAUCAGCCACGAGGCCAGGUGCCUUUUCCCAGGGGCCUGUUUGGCCACACCUGCCCCGUCGAGGGCAGGAGUCCUAGGUGGCAGUGGGAUGGCCCCCUGGUGGCCCCGGGCACAGGACCAGGCAGGAGGCACCGCGUGGUUGGGGCAGUGAGCGAUGGUGGUGGUUGGAAUUGGCAGAGCAGCCCCAGGCGGGGUGAGGGCCUGGGCUGGGGGUGGGCGGGGGGAGAUGGGAGUGGAGGAUCAGAGCUUUCUUUUUCUUAAGUGCAAUAAAUCUAUCAGGGAGCUGGGGUGGGGAGCAGCCAGGGCUCUGGAGACCCUGCCGUCCAGGCCCCUGGAGGCUGCGCCCUGAGAGGCACUACAACCCGGGUGGGGGUGGAACGGGGCGGGGAGGCAGCAGCGGGCGGAGGGCGGGGGAGGGGCUGCUCCUGUUGGUGCAACUCUGUUCACACCUUUUCUAAUAAACCAGAGCUGGGUUCCCCAUUU